UCUCUCUCCCUCCCCCUCUCUCCCCCUUCAUCUCUAUCCCUCUCUCUCUACUUCCUGAGAGUAACUAGGCCAGAUAGUGACUACCUGAGAGUAACUAGGCCAGAUAGUGACUUCCUGAGAGUACUCCCAUGGCCAGAUAGUGACUACCUGAGAGUAACUAGGCCAGAUAGUGACUUCCUGAGAGUAACUUGGCCAGAUAGUGACUUCCUGAGAGUAACUUGGCCAGAUAGUGACUUCCUGAGAGUAACUUGGCCAGAUAGUGACUUCCUGAGAGUAACUUGGCCAGAUAGUGACUAUCUGAGAGUAACUAGGCCAGAUAGUGACUACCUGAGAGUAACUUGGCCAGAUAGUGACGAUCUGAGAGUAACUAGGCCAGAUAGUGACGAUCUGAGAGUAACUAGGCCAGAUAGUGACGACCUGAGAGUAACUUGGCCAGAUAGUGAUGAUCUGAGAGUAACUAGGCCAGAUAGUGACUACCUGAGAGUAACUUGGCCAGAUAGUGACUACCUGAGAGUAACUUGGCCAGAUAGUGACGAUCUGAGAGUAACUAGGCCAGAUAGUGACGAUCUGAGAGUAACUAGGCCAGAUAGUGACGAUCUGAGAGUAACGAUCUGAGAGUAGUCCCUAACUGUCUUCCUGUAUUCUAUGUAUGCUUCAUACUUCUUCUGUAUCACUAGUUAACAUUAAACAUGUCAUACAUAACCUGUCUGCCUUGUUCAUUUCUUUUGUGAUGAUAUUAUGUGACCAGUUAUGUCCCAUUAAAGAGUGUUUUUAUUCUCUGGGGACAUAUAUACAGUAAAUAUAUAAAUAAGAAAUUAAUCAGCUAUCCCAAAAGUCUCUUUGUUCCUCCAACAUCUAUUGGACUGAGAGUUUGAUCUCUUACUCUUUCUCUCUGUCCCCCCCUCUCAAUUCAAUUCUCUCUCUGUUCCCCCCUAUCUCUCUCUGCCCCUCCCACUCUCUCCCCUCUCUCUCUCUCCCUCCCUCUCCCCUCUCCUCAGUUCUCCCAGGUGCAGCAGGUGAUAGGGUUGUUAGGACUAUACAGAGGAAGUAGUCAUUGUGUUGGAGUGUGUUUUGUGAUUAAUCUCUAAUCACACACACACACACAGAGAGAGAGAAACAUACACCAGGGAUGUGGACAUACUGAUCCUCAAGUGAUAUCUGCUAGUUCCGAAUUAGUGUCCAGAAUUAGUUCCAUCCCGAGUGUUCUGCAGUCAUCUUUGAGAUCCAGUCUGAGUGUUCUAGAGUUGCCUUAGUGUUUGAGUGUUCUGAGUGUUCUGAGUGUUCUAGAGUUGCCUUAGUGUUUUUGAGUGUUCUGAGUGUUCUAGAGUUGCCUUAGUGUUUUUGAGUGUUCUGAGUGUUCUAGAAUGGUCUUCACCCCACACUGGAAAGACGGGAGGGGACUGGACAGUGCGCAGCUCCUGCCGUGACGACACCUCUAGGUGACUCAACAGGUAGUAUUACCAGUAUGAACAUCAGUACCAGUGAUAGUUGUGAUGCAUUCCAACUCUCCAGUAGCCACCUCCACGUCCCCAGUAUUACUUGGCCCUACAUCGCCGCUGAGCUGCUCAUCGCUCUCCUCGCUAUCGCUGGGAAUUUCCUGGUCUGUCUGGCCGUGAACCGAAACCGGAAGCUACGCACCGUCACCAACUACUUCCUGGUGUCGCUUUCGGUGGCCGACAUCUUUGUGGGCGUGCUGGCGAUCCCGUGUGCCGUGCUGACCGACUUGGGCCAGCCGCGCCACAACCUGCCUCUGUGUCUGCUCCUCCUGAGCGUGCUCAUCGUGCUAACCCAGAGCUCCAUCCUCAGCCUGCUAGCGGUAGCCGCAGAGCGCUACGUGGCCAUCCUGCUGCCGCUCCAGUACCAGAGGAUCGUGAGCCCCAGGAACGCCCGGCUGGCCAUGAUCCUCACCUGGUGUCUGGCCCUAUUCUCUGGUUCCAUCCCUCUGAUGGGCUGGCACGGAUCACUGCCACCUUCUGGGGCCUGUCUCUUCCCCUGUGUGGUCAAUUUGAGUUAUAUGGUCUACUUCAACUUCUUGGGCUGCGUGUUGGUUCCCCUGGUGGUCAUGUUUAUCAUCUACGGUCACAUCUUCCUCACGGUCCGACAGCAGCUCAGACGCAUCGCUGCCGGGAGGGGACCAGCCAGACCUGAUACCAGGGAUGGAGAGAGGGGACCAGCCAGGCCUGAUACCAGGGAUGGAGAGAGGGGACCAGCCAGGUCUGAUACCAGGGAUGGAGAGAGUGGACCAGCCAGACCUGAUACCAGGGAUGGAGAGAGGGGACCAGCCAGACCUGAUACCAGGGAUGGAGAGAGGGGACCAGCCAGGCCUGAUACCAGGGAUGGAGAGAUGGGACCAGCCAGGCCUGAUACCAGGGAUGGAGAGAUGGGACCAGCCAGGUCUGAUACCAGGGAGGGAGAGAUGGGACCAGCCAGGUCUGAUACCAGGGAGGGAGAGAUGGGACCAGCCAGGUCUGAUACCAGGGAGGGAGAGAGGGGAACCGCCUGGCCUGAUACCAGGGAUGGAGAGAGGGGACCAGCCUGGCCUGAUAUCAGGGACGGAGAGAGGGGACCAGCCAGGUCUGAUAUCAGGGUUGGAGAGAGGGGACCAGCCUGGCCUGAUACCAGGGAUUGUGGGUCUGGGGCUGGGAGCAGAGAGGAUGACGCUGGGGCUGGAAAGAGGACUAGGGUUGAGGCUGGGGCUGGAAAGACGACUAGGGUUGAGGCUGGGGCUGGAAAGACGACUAGGGUUGAAGCUGGGGCUGGAAAGACGACUAGGUUUGAGGCUGGGGCUGGAAAGAGGGCUAGGGUUGAGGCUGGGGCUGGAAAGACGACUAGGGUUGAGGCUGGGGCUGGAAAGACGACUAGGGUUGAGGCUGGGGCUGGAAAGACGACUAGGAUGGAGGCUGGGGCUGGAAAGACGACUAGGGUUGGGGCUGGGGCUGGAAAGACGACUAGGGUUGGGGCUGGGGUGGAAAGACGACUAGGGUUGAGGCUGGGGCUGGAAAGACGACUAGGGUUGAGGCUGGGGCUGGAAAGAGGGCUAGGGUUGAGGCUUGGGGUGUUAGUGGGGUAGCAGUGUGGGGAGGAGCUGGGAAUAAAUGGUCAGAGGGUGAGAGUUGGAGUGGAAAUGCUGCGGAGAUGACUAGCCAUGCUAGUGGCUGUGUUAGAACUGAUUCUGGGUCUGUGGUAGCCAGCGAAUCCAAAUCCGAGUCCAGAGGUCCAAUGAAGGACAGGUGUGGGUCCGGCGUCAGCGAGUAUAAGCGAGCGGUGCGUAUGCGCCGUGAGGUGAGGAAGGCCACCUCUCUGUUCCUGGUGUUGUUCC